GCCUCCUAGAUUUGGCCGCAAAUAUCAGGGAGCAAUUACCAGUCACGAUGGCUCCCCAGUGUCCGUCAUCUUCGGCUAUGUUGUGAAUGAGGAAAUGCAUGUGCCACGAAGGUCGCUGGAGAUUUAUGACACCACGCCAGGGGCAAAAGAUCGGGUGGACACUGUUGCUUUUGACUUUCAGAGAAAAAUAUAUUGAUCGCGUUUUUGCGAAGCGUGAAGACGAGUAUCAGGGUUACCGGAAAAUGCUGAUAAUCAUUGAUUCCGAAGAUUGGGAAGCAGAUGGGAUACUUUUUGUGGAGUUUGAUCUGCGAAAGAAGGACUGUUUGGGGGAACCCUUGCCUGAGGUUUUUGUGAAGAGGUAUACUGGCUCCAUGGCUAGCCGUUGGGUGGGAUCUACGGACCAACACACGAAUGGAAUCGUAGGCACGAGUAGUGAGUGCGGUGACACAUCAGCAAGGAACCACGUCAGUCUUGAAGGCAAACGAUACGCAAGGCGCGGUAAUACUGGGUCAAAUAGUGCAGUAGAAUCAAGGGCGAUGGAUGUGAUUCAGAGACACUGUAAACAGAUAUGA